AGAGCGUGGGAACAAAUUAAAGACGUGUCCGUUUCGGUAUAUUUCCCCGCACCGAAGGAAACCAGAGCAGAGCGAUGCGGUGAAAUAAAAGUGAUCCAUCCCUCUAGCGGUCCACCGGAGGAGAGAAGAAGAAGACCGAGAAAUCUAGAGAGAGAGAUGGCUGUGAAUCCUCAACUGUUCCCCAAUGGCAUGCCCGUUCCUUUCGUGAACGAGAUGUUCGUUUUGGCCAGAGACGGCGUCGAGUUCGAGGUCGAUAAGAUUCCCGGAUAUGACGGUGGUCGUCUGAAAGCGAAGGGAACAAUCUACUUGUCAAAUAUACGGAUGGUCUUUGUUUCCAACAAGCCUGUUGGGAGCUUUUUUGCUUUUGAUAUGCCCCUGCUUUACGUCCAUGGUGAAAAGUUUAAUCAACCAAUUUUCCACUGCAACAACAUUGCUGGUCAAGUGGAGCCAGUGGUUCCAGAAGGUCAGCAUGGGGCGCUUUAUUCCACUCACUCAUUCAAGAUUUUGUUCAAAGAAGGGGGCUGUGGGACGUUCGUUCCACUCUUUUUCAACUUGAUCUCUGCAGUGAGACAAUAUAACCAGUAUCAACACCCCAACGCUGGGUCUCAGCCUCAUGUGGAUCCUUUGCAAGCAGCACAAACUCCUGUUGAUGAGAUGAUGAGACAUGCGUAUGUCGAUCCUAAUGAUCCAACGAGGAUCUUCUUGCAGCAGCCCACACCAGAGGCUCAGCUGAGGCGGCGCACAUACCAGUCACAGCCCGCCGAACAUUAAUUGUAGUACGUUUACAAAUUGAAUAAAAUUACAUGUUUUAAGAACCCAUAUUAGUGUGCCGUAUAACUGGAUUAUAGCCACAAUACAUUUUGUAAGAAGUCUGUUUCUACUUGUACAUUACUUAGACUUCUAUUGUGAGUAAAUAAUCCGUUGAAUCUU